AUGCCGGCCCUUUGCAUCUGUAAUAACAAUGACCCGAACCGAAGGGCCAGCAAAGAGUUGGAUAAGAAGAUUAACGUUUGGAUGAAACAGUACCGGAAAUCUAUUAAAUUACUCCUUUUAGGUGCCGGUGAAAGUGGAAAGACCACUAUUAUUAAACAAAUGAAAAUUCUUCACAUCGAAGGCUUUUCGGACGCCGAAAGGAAAGAGAAAGUGCUUGAAAUCAGAUGUAAUUUAUUAGAAGCCAUUAAAGAAUUGACAGAAAACAUGCCGUACUUAAAGCCACCGAUUACUUUGCACAAC